AUGGUUAUCCGCAACGAUGAGUACUCCAUCUGGAGAACGGCACCCGAUGCAAUUCGACUAUGCUAUCAGCACUUCCUGUGGCGGGAAGUCUACAAAAGCAACAUCCACCCCUCUAUCGACCUGAGUGGCAGGUCCGACCUACGCAUAGCCGAGAUUGCCGCUGGUCACUGUCUAUGGGCUAUGCAGGUUGCCGAAGAAUAUCCUCAUGCUCAAGUGGAGGCUUCGGACAUCAGCUUGAGCCUGGCACCUCCAAAGCCUGAUCUUCCGCCAAACAUGUCUCUGAGCAAAUGGAGCUUCUUCGACCCGGUGCCUGAUAGCUGGAAAGGCGCAUUCGAUCUCGUCCACCUCAGACUUGUUAUCCAGCCUUUUGGGGGAAACCAGGAUCCCAGAGCUGUUCUACAGAAGUUGGUGUCAAUGCUGAAACCUGGAGGCUAUCUCCAGUGGGACGAGUACGACUAUUUCGACGCAGAUAAGAACAAUGUCUACUCAGCUAACGAUCCUAUUCGUAUUCCCAACCCGGAGGUCACGCACAACUCCUCGACCAAACUCUGGAAGAUCAUAAUGAAUACUUUCCAAUGGCCAACGGAGCACUUUGAUCGAUUACCAGAAUACUACGCUGAAGCAGGUCUGGAGAAUGUUGCCGCUCACAGGAAACGACCACCACCUUCCGUUUUCCGUGGAUUCUUCGAACAUUGGUAUGCGUUGGUUGCGCAAUUGCUUCCGGUGCUGGAAGCAAGGGAUAUGGAAGCCGGUCAAGAGGCACGAGAACUGGUGGCGCAAAUGAAGAAAGAUGCGAUCGUCGAUGGCGUUUACAGUGCACAUAUCACCAAGUUCGUAGUUGGGAGGAAGCCUGAAACCAGUUGA